CCUGCAACCGGGUCGAGCUGUGAGGGACCCGGUGCUGUACUGUGGCGGUUAUGCUGAUGAGCGAGGAGGUUGGCUGUGCUGUCAUCAGCAGUGAGUGUCCUGGAAUACUGCGGACCUGCCUGGCUCAGGAAUCGGACUAGAGACCAUGCAUGUCCCCUUGGAGCCAGUUCAGAGCCAUGGAGAUCCUGCUUUGCUCCAAGGAGACCCUGCUUAAUAGAUUUUGCAGGGGAUUAGUAGAUGAAAUAGAAUGGGCAAUUAAGAAAGUGGAUCCAAAAAAGACAAUCCAAGUGGGAUCUUACCGAAUCGGGCCGGACGGCUCUCAAAAAACAAAUGAGAUUCUGUAUGCCAGGUCGGAAACCCAUUUAUCAGAGAUCUUAGAAGAUGUUUGUUCAAACCUGGAUGACUAUUCACUCUAUGAGGAUCCAGAGACUCAGAAGAAAACGUACAUGAGAUUUGCUCCCAGGGAGUCUGAAAAAAUGAGUUCUGUGGAUUUCAAUAAUUUCAAGUUUGAUCCAGAGAACUCAAAAUCUCUAAAGUUUGCGUGUGAAACCAUAGUGGAAGAGUACGAAGAUGAAAUAAUUUCUCUGUUCACUCAUGAGACGGACCAGGUGGCUGACAUGCUAUGCAUCGAGAAAUCAGAAUUUUGUGAGCCAUCCCAAGCAAGUCCUCACACUGAUCUAUAAUACUUCAGACUUGAUGCACAUAGGGUGGAGGAGGGAGAAUUGUGAACAACUAUACCAGCAGCUUGUGAAUUUAUUAUGGAUGAAAAAUGAUGUCUGGCAUUGAUUACCUUUUCUCCCUGACCCAUCAAGAUGUAUUCAGAUAUUAGCUACGUCUUUUUCAUAGAAAAUUUGUCAUUGGUUCAUAAUAAAACUUGUCGAUUAUUAGACCAAGGUAUUUUAUAACUAGAUGUUUCAUCUGGAUUAAAUUACUACUCCUGCUGAAAUCAGUGCUCAUCUUCUGAAAAAUGUCUCAAGUAAUAGAGAGUAAUUUGACUUGUGUUCCCUUUUCUUCACAUGAGGUGCUCAUUGGUGAGCAUUGUGGGUUUCUUCUCUAACCUGUAUGCCCGACUUGCAAUUUAAAUGAGGUGCUUUUAUAUCUUUAAUAAUUGGUGGGUUCUCCUUUGAUGUUAUUGUCUACUGAUUUAAUAAAAACAAAUUCAAGU